AAAAAAGAGAGAACAUUGGUUUCUAUGAGGUUAUAUCUACAUAUAUAUCCAUAUAUAUAUGAAUGUCUCCUCAUUUCAUAUGACAACUUGAAUAUCUUUUUUUGUUGGCAAAUUUCAUUCAUAAUGAUUAUAAACUUUCUUAUUAUUAUUAUAUCAUCAUUCUUGAUUUUAUCUUUCAAUUGUGAAUUAUAUAAUCAAUCCUGGGAUAAUAAUAAUAAUAAUAAUACUAUCGAUUAUUAUUUAUUAUGGUUGACAUGGCAACUACGUUAUAAUCAGUAUUAUCAAAAAACUAAUGAAUUAAAAAAUUUUUAUUAUUGGCAAUUAAAUGUACAAAAAAUAUUAUUACAUAAUUUAUAUUAUGAUUUAGGGAUAAAAACUUAUCGGAAAUCAAUAAAUCAAUAUACAGCAAUAAAUUGGAAUGAAUUUUAUAAUCAAAAAAUUAAAAAAAAUAAUCAAUAUUUCAAAAAUAUAAAAAAAAUGAAUAAAUUACGUAAUAAUAAUAAUAAUAAUGAUAAUAAUAAUAAUUUACCAGAUUAUGUUGAUUGGAGAAACAAUGAUACAGUAACACCAGUGAAGACACAAGAAGACUGUGCAUCUUCAUGGGCGAUUGCCUCAAUCGAAGCGCUGGAAGGGCAAGUCAAAAUCAAGACAGGAACUCUUACUCCAUUAUCUUCGCAACAAUUGGUAGACUGUGCUGGAGAUCAUGAGUGUGUGGAGAAUCCAGUAUCCGUAGCAUUUGAUUUUAUAAAACAGAAUGGUGUAGAAUCUCAACAAGAUUAUCCUUUUACUGGAAAAGUUGGAAAUUGUACAUAUGAUUCAUCAAAGAAAGUAACAACUAUAUCCUCAUACAUACAAGUGGAUGAUAAUGAGAAAGAGCUUCAAAAAGCUGUAUAUAACAUUGGCCCUAUAGCAGUAAGAAUUGCUAUGACUCAGGAGUUUCUCACUUACGGGAGUGGAGUUUUAUUAAUCGAUGAUUGUCAAAAUGAAGAACCAUUCGAAUCAGUUUUAGUUGUAGGUUAUGGUAUAGAAAAUGAUAUUCCAUAUUGGUUAGUUAAAUUCAAUUUGGGUGAAGAAUUCGGUGAUCAUGGUUAUAUCAAAUUAGCUAGAAAUUAUAAAAAUAUGUGUCAUAUUGCUAAUUUUGCAUAUUAUCCUGUUAUAUAA